GUAUAAAAGGGGGGAGUGGUGGAGCAAGAGACUUGUUUUUGUUCAAGGACUUGCAGCAACACAGAGCUGAGCUGAGCAGAGGGAAGGGAACUUUUCAGUAAAAGGAUUGGGGCAGUGAGGAGGCACAGCAGGGAUGUGGGCGUGCCUCACCCUGCUCCUCACUCUCUGCCUGCUCCAUGGGGGCGGGGCAGAGAGUGAGGGGGGUGGGCCCCGCUGUCAGCAGCCCCCAGCCUGGAAGAUAGGGGAGGUGGAGCCCAUGACGGAGGCCAUUGGCCGUGUGACGGUGGUGGCUCUUUUUCAGGCCAGCUGACAAUUCUGCUUGGUGCAGGCAUCCAGGAUGGACAGCCUGCGCCAGAAGCUGGAGAGGCGGGGUCUGAAGGAUGUGAUCUACAUGGUCAUUAACCACCAGGGGGCGCAAGCACAGAAGCUGCACGGCAUGCUGGAGCAGAGUCUGUCUGAGAAUGUCACUCUCUACAAACAGCUCGAACAUCAGCCUGAUGUCUGGCGGACACUGAACGGAGAGAAAGAUGACUUUCUCAUUUAUGACAGGUGUGGCCGUCUUACCCGUCACAUUUCACUUCCAUACUCCAUCAUUGGUCAAGGCCAUGUUGAGGGUGCGAUCAAAGAUACGUACUGCAAACGUGUGUGUGGGGACUGCAGUCAUGAGAGCACUGAGAUCCCAGAGGAGUGUAAAGCAGACACACAGCCUGAUGCAGAUGCUGCUCCAGCUGUGGAAGAAGACACUGGGCAUGGUCACCAUCAUGGGCAUCAUCAUGGUCAUGGCCAUAGCCAUGGACAAGGUCAACAAGCUGUUGGGCAACAAGGGUUAGAGCAAGAUAGACAGGUAUCUCACAGUCAACAACAUUUAGAUUUUGGCCAGGUGCAGCAAGCAGUGCAAAUACAACCUAUGCCCCAGGAGGCAGUGGGAUUCCCUGAGAUGCAGAGACCUUGAGCAUCUGAAAAGGCUAAGUGAAAGUCAAAGCACAGCUGACAGUGGACAGCAGGCUCUGACAAUGAAGCCUCCCCUAAGGCCAGCUGAUGCUGACACUG